AUGCGUCUGCUUCUGAGCGAGCCCUCGAAGAUCUACUUCUUUCAGAAACCUGUCUCAGUCUUUGUAAGAUCUUGUCCUCCUAUUCACUCUAACGGCUUCUCAUCUUCUUGCUUGCCGCAGGCUCCUCCUUGUGUCAUCAUGUACGUUGAUCCCUGUGGAGAUGAUCUCGGAAAACUCGUGAUUAGGAAGGCUGGUGACAUCACUCCUCUGGAAAAGCCUACAAACGAAAUGGGAACGAUAGGAUCAUCCAAUGGAUGGCUAACUACUUUGAAUGAUGGCGUGAUUGGUUUCCAAGACAAUGAUUUAAACCCAAAACGUAUAUCUCUGCCACCUCUUGUGACUCUUCCUUAUUGCCAAACACAGGUCGUGACCAACGUGGCUAUGUCCUCAACUUGUCCCGAGGAAGAGGAUUGUGUUGUGGCUGUCAAGUUCUUGGGACCUCAGCUCAGUUUUUUCAGACCAAACUCAGAGUGGAUCGACAUCAGAAUCCAAAACCCUAGCUUCUUAUCUUCCCAUGUUAUGUAUUCCAAGAAAGAUGACGUGUUUCUCAUUCCUGGAUCUGGAGGUCACCUAAUGGGAUCGUGGGAUCUCAAAAAACCUGACAAAAACCCCAAGUUUCGGAGGUUGCGGUUCAGAAAGAUUCCCUUCAUGAGCAGUGACAACAAAGCGCUUCUAGACACGUGCUGCAAGAGCGAGCAUUUGGUGGAGUCAAGAACCACGGGUGAAAUUUUUUUGGUUAAGUUGUACAAGAAGACCAUUGACGGUGGUACUGCGAGGGUAAAAACAGAAGCUGUAAUGGUGUUCAAGCUAGAUGACAAAGGAAGUGCUGUUUACACUCACGAUAUUGGACAUCUCUGCAUUUUCAUCACAAAGUCUGAACCUUUCUGUCUCCCAUCUACCUCUUUUCCUGACAUGUAUCCUAACCAUGUCGUAAUCUUGGAUCUCAACGAAACCUCAAUUUUCAAUCUUGCUGACCUCAAGUGGAAUUGUUAA